AUGAGCGUAUCACUGGCGGUAGAAGGUAUGGAUGCCUUGGCGCUUGCCCAGGAGGGUGAGCGGUUAUGCCGCGAGAACAGCAUGAAAGCAGGAAUCAAGUACUUGGAAAUGGCUUUGAAUAAAAAAAUUGAUCUUGGAGGACGUAGCUUGGAAGCAUUAUCCGCAAUUUAUUCACAGUUAGGAAAUGCUUACUUUGUGCUGCGUAUUUUUGAUAAAGCACUUGAAUAUCAUCGACAUGAUUUGGAAACUGCAAAAUUGCUCAACGACCGUUCUGGACUUGCGAAAGCUCAUGGCAAUAUAGCAAAUACCUACAAAGCUUUGGGUGAUUUUGAUAGCGCUUAUGAACAUGCAGUUUCACAUUUACGAUUAGCACAGGAACUUAAUGAUAAAGUAAGUGUGGUAUUACUUCGAGC